AUGGCUUCAAUCUCUGCCGCCAACAAGUUGUCCCGAGAGGAAUUCCGAAAGCAGAAGGACCUCGAUGCUGCACGAAAAGCUGGAACAGCGGCGCCCGCGCUAGACGAGGAGGGGAAGCCUAUAAAUCCUCAUAUUCCACAAUAUAUAUCCCAAGCCCCAUGGUACCUGGACACCGGUGCACCGUCUCUGAGUCAUCAAAGGCGACCCGCGGAUGAACCCAAGACCAUUGACAAUUGGUAUGACCGAGGCUUGAAAGCUGGGCCUGCCGCCAAAAAGUAUCGGAAAGGAGCUUGUGAGAACUGCGGGGCGAUGACCCACAAAAAGCAAGACUGUCUCGAGCGACCGCGACGGCGGGGGGCCAAGUUUACGAACAAGGACAUCCAGGCUGACGAGGUGAUCCAGGAAGUUGCGUCUGGCUACGAUGCGAAGCGGGAUCGGUGGAAUGGCUAUGAUGCGGCGGACCACAAGCGGGUGUAUGAGGAGUAUGCAGCAAUUGACAGUGCGAGGCAGAAGCAGAGGGAGGAGGAGAUUGACAACCAGACGACAACGGACCUGGCAGCGGUGAGGAAGGUGGCAAAGGCGGGCAAGGAAAAGACCGAUGCGGAUGCCGAGUUUGGGUCGAGUGAUGAGGAGGAUGCUGACGAAGACAAAUACGCCGAUACAGCAGACGCAGUGGGCCAGAAACUCGACACAAAAACACGAAUCACAGUCAGAAAUCUUCGUAUACGAGAAGACACGGCCAAAUAUCUCAUCAACUUGGACCCUGAAAGCGCAUACUACGACCCCAAAACUCGGUCUAUGCGUGAUGCACCAGUCAAGAAUGUCGCCCCAGAGGAUGCCAAAUUCGCAGGCGACAACUUCCUGCGGGCGUCUGGAGAAGCCAAUGACAUGCAGCAACUCCAAUUAUUUGCGUGGCAGUCUGCAUCCCGCGGCAACGAUGUACACCUGAACGCCAACCCCACACAGGGAGAGCUCUUGCACCACGAGUUCAAGCAGAAGAAGGAGGAGCUGCGGGACACGUCUAAAAUCAGCAUCUUGGCCAAGUAUGGCGGCGCCAAAUAUCUGCAAACGGCCCCGAAAGAACUUUUGCAGGGCCAGACGGAGGAGUAUGUCGAGUAUUCUCGCGGUGGUCAGCUGAUAAAGGGUCGGGAACGGGUAAAAGCACGCUCAAAAUACCCCGAAGAUGUCUACGUCAACAACCACACUCAAGUAUGGGGCUCGUGGUACGACCCCGCGACAAGCACCUGGGGGUAUGGAUGUUGUCAUUCAAGUGUCCACUUGUCGUAUUGUGCUGGCCAAGCGGGUAUUGCAGCUGCACAAGCUUCCAGUGCCCAAAAUCUGCUAGCACGGCCUGCCACACCACCUCCGCAAGAAGACACGCGACCCCCACCGGAAACGUCAGAACGGAUGGAGCAGAACUUUGGGAAGAAGCGGAUGGGCGAGGGGGAUGUGCAGCUCGACGAAGACCGGUUAGCGCGUGCCCUGAAGGAAGAAAAGAAACGAAAGGGAGAGGACAACGACAGCGACCGGUUUGGCAAGAAACGCAAGGGCGUUGCAUCAAGCAGUCAUGAGGUUACCGAAGAAGAGCUCGAGGCCUACCGAAUGACUCGUAGGAUGACAGAGGACCCAAUGGCCAACUACGUCGACACCGAACUAUAA